UUACAAUUUUCAAAUCCAACGGAGAAACAUGGAAGAUGAGGACGAUUUUGUUAUUGUUCACGUUUGGUCUCUGUUUUCUCCAAAGUCUAAGUUUAAGUGAGGAUUUGUCUCCGAACGUUUUCCAAAGCCUAUUCCCGGUGAAGACUAAAGACCUGGUGAAGAUCGGCUAUGAGGAAGAUGCUCUGCUGGACUUCAUGGGGCUCACGAGGAAGUACGGCUACCCGGCCGAGGAACACGAGGUGGUGACUCCAGACGGCUACAUCUUGUCCGUGUUCCGCAUCCGGCACCGGCGCUGCAACACCACGCGGCCCGUGCUCAUGCUGCACGGCAUCCUCGACUCCGCCGACACCUUCAUCAACCCCGGCGUGGGCCUCGCCUACCUGCUCGCCGACGCCUGCCACGACGUCUGGUGCGCCAACGUCAGGGGCAACAGAUACUCCAGGGAACACAUCAAGUGGGACCCCGACAAGGACAAGGAGUUCUGGCAGUUCAGCUUCCACGAGCACGGGACCGUCGACCUGGCGGCUACGGUCGACUACAUCCUGAGUGAGACGAAGGCAGACAAGGUCAACUACAUCGGCCACUCUCAAGGGACGACCAGUUUUUUCGUCCUCACGUCGACGCGCCCGGAAUACAACGCGAAAUUCAAUGUGGCAGUGUGCUUGAGCCCAGUGGCGUAUCUGUACCACGUGGGCAAUCCCAUGAUAAAAGUUAUAGCUCAUUUCAAUGCCCAAGUGAAAGCUUUGUUGGAUACGUUCAAAAUAAACGAGAUAUUAGGGAGGCAUGAGUUGCCGGGUCGAGUGUUGGAGUUCGCGUGUCAGUUCGUCCCUAACAUUUGUGCCAUCGUGAGGUACUCGAUGUUUUUACAGAACAGGAUCAACACCACCGACAAGCGGCUGAGGACCAUCGCAGGGCACGUCCCCGCCGGCACCUCAACCAAGAACUUGCAUCACUUCUCGCAAAUCAUCAACGAGAAUGUCUUCAGAAUGUACGACGCGGGAGUGAACAACAAUUUGAAGCUCUACAAUCAGACGACCCCUCCUGAUUACGAUUUAUCCAAAGUUACGGCCCCCGUGGUUCUGGUCUGCGCUAAAGGAGAUGUGUUCGCCACGCCAGCUGAUUUGAAGAAGCUCAGAGACCAGCUGCCGAAUGUUCUGGAAGUGUUCACACUGACUGAUUCCAACUGGGGCCACCUGGACUACACGGCUGGAAACGGUAUACCAAAAUACUUAGCGCCUAAAGUGAUGGAAUAUUUGAACGCUAAGUGAUGAAGUUAAUUUGGUUUUACGCACUUCAGUAUUAGUAAUAUUUAUUU